UUCAUUUAAAAAGUUAUUGUGUUAGAAAGCUCAAAUAUUUGUUAACAAGGAAUAGUAUAUUUUAUCCACAUGAGUAGACUGAGGUGAAUUCACAAGAGAAUGACACUUGUGACCAUUUAUCCACUACCAUACUGUCGUCUCCGUACUGGGCUAACUCUCCAUAAUAGUUAUGAGCAAAUGUAACUGUUAAUGUAUUCUGUAGUAUCCUUGUGGAGCUGACGGGUUCAGGAACGACUUCAACGCGGAAUACACGGAAGUUAGACCCGGGCCCUUCACAGUGCAAAUAGAGGAAACAGCCUUCAGGAUAGGCAGACCAAUGAGAAUCAGCUUGAUGCAGUGGCGAUCAAACACAUCGUGUGUAUUACUGAACUACAUACCUCACAACGACGCCGUGUUAGUGGCAGAAGGCAGCACCGCCUGUAAGGCGGACGACUACCCAUUAGGCCGAUGUUCAUCAAACUCGUACAUCACAGUCAACAUCCCGGAUGUGGAAUGUGAACAAUGCUACUUACAGCUGAUGACCGUGGACACCUAUCCCCAGUACGCACGAGAGAUACCAUGUAUUGUGUUGGAAAGUGAAUCCAACUGUACCACCAACUAUUCGUGUGCAAAUAUUAAGAUUUUACCGACUGAUGCCGGGCUUGGAAUUGGACUUGAGGGAUGCCAAGACUAUGAUGGCAAUCUUGGAGGCCGAUGGCCAUUUGCUGAGAGCUACUUGCUUCAGGCUAGCUUGGGAGGAUCUGAGUUCAGUGGCGGUUUUGCACGAUUUGAAGUAGAUCACUCGAACCUUGUCAAGUACAACAUCAGCCUGGGAAAUGUUAUCCCCGUUCCAGGCCGAGAUGAAAUCUAUAUGACCAUACCUUCUGAGGAGGGGUACUCUAGGGUUCAGGCUAUACCCGUGACUGGUACCAGCCUGGUGGGAGAACUAGGAUCCUUUGAUCAGUUUUUGAAAGAUCUUUUACUGGAGGAUCAGCUUGUUUUGGAAAUUAAGCGAGCCACUGGACAGAGUUUGUAUCGGAAAAUCACACAAAAACAACAGAACUACGUUUCAUGGAUAUAUUUCCCGCAUGGGAUGCGCUACUCCCCAUCGGGCUGGUUGACCGGUCCGGAUUUUGUGGGUCCCAGUGCACGUUAUCCACUGGCGGUCCUUCCCAGCGGCAUGUGUGCUCCUGCUCCACACCAGUACGCUGCCACACUGAGAGACAACUUGGGUGUUUUACGUGUUCUGAUAACGUAUGGACUUGUACAGGGAGAGCGACUGCAUCUGGACGGUGUGGUUAUCUCCCCUAGAGGAUCAGCCAAGAACAUCAGCUUUUCGAAAGUUACAGCUUCGGGACAGCUUGAGCUGGCUGACUUUGAGGGCAAAUUUAUUACCAGAAAUUACGCUCAUGGAACAGUGGCUCUUCAGAGUAAAGAGGUGCCGAACAGCGUUUCAGCGUUGGUUAAGAUCAGUGACAAUUACACUCUUGUGUCGUCAGAGCCUUACAGAUCAGUUAUGACUGUACUUCAUGACAAAGACGACCUACACACAGCAUUGGGAACUAUUCGUCUCCUCGAGACUGGCGAUUUGGAAGUUAACGUUGCGAUUAUAAAUAAAACUGGAGAGAGACACGUUCAAGCGGAUGUAAAAAUUAAAGGACCACACCCUAUGGGCAAUUUCACAGAGCAAACUGAAAUCCCUGUCAAUCGAACCGAGAGCGAUGAUGUCGGGGGGUGGAUUGGAAGCACUCGGAUUACGGUGAAAGACAGCGUUUUGCCACACUACAUGCGACUUGGUGUGAUAUCACUGGAAGUAGCAUUUCCUGAGCAAACCUCACUAUCAAGUCUGUUUCAUGCCAUCACCGACUGGCUUUGUGCUGGGAACAAUAUGCCUAUCUGCUGGAUAUGUACAUUCUCCGCUGAAGGCGGUCCUGUGGACAAAGGGUUACCUCUGGUGACACCCAGUGGUUUUAUGACAGCCUAUAAACCGACUGACAGCACCCUACAUUACACUAUUACAGUUCGUGACCUCCAUGAUGCUGACAGAGUGACAUCUGUAAUCCUGCAAAAUGAAGAGAAGAUAUUGACUACGAUUUCCGAAGAAGAUUUUUCACCGUCGGCACAUGUUAGCAAAGCUGUGACAGCGGAGGGAUCCUUGGAUAUGUCGGUUGUGGAUGUAAACGCUUUAGCUACAGGAAAUGUGAAAAUAACAGUGUUUACAUCAUUUUACGAUCAGGGAACUAUCCAUGGUACUCUUCCCAAGCUAGGGGAAAUCCAACCAACCGAUGAAGCUGGAACAGGGACGUCGUCGGAAUCAAAGCAAAGAUCGGUGUCUGAAACAAUUAGACAUCAGGUAACAAGUGUAGUUGGAAUCAUCCUUGUAACUUGGACAUUGCUAAAUUAUUUUUAAACAAGGCUUUAGCCCCAGUCCUGACUUUCAAAGGAGCUUAAAUAUAUUGGAUGUGGAUGAACGAAGCUUCUUCAGCCGCCUGGUCAACGACAAAAGUAGGCCUACAUGUUUCGAUGGUGACCACAUGAUUAUUGUCAAUAUUAAUGAAAUCAAACUUUAUGAGUGGUGGAAAGACAAAGGUACAUGUAAAUAUGUCCAUCAGCUCUGUAAUCUCCUUUGAUCAAUUUUCCUCAAAAUGUUUAUUCUACUAUAGAAUAUUUACCAAUGUAUUAACUUUGUCUGAUAUAAUAUACUUACGUUCCACAGCAUGCCAAAAAUAAUUAAGCCAACACAGGAAGAAACCUCAGACAUGACCUUUGUUGUAAUCUACUGAUGUGUACAUUAAUGUUAAAUUACAGAUUUUAGAAUAAAC